GACAGCUCUGUUUUUUCUCUGUUCUCUUCCCUUUUAUCUCCUUCUGAGACUCGCUUCAUGCUAUGUGCUCUCCAAUGAUGGUACCUUGAACCCGUUUGUGUUUCUCCAUCCACAAGCGAGAACAGUUUCUCCCAGUUUGCGAAACAAACAAACUUAACUUUGUUCUCAAACAUCUAUCUACCUCGACACUGGCAUCUCCGAGGCCCUCCAACCUCGUUUGUCCAUUCGCUCGCCCAUCUUGUCAGGUUACCGACCCUCCAAGUCGUCCCAUCAAUAACCUCAUCUUCCAACGACAACUUUUACGAAAAUUGAACCUGGCCGACCUCAAGUGGAGGGGAACCACAGAAUAGAAUUUGCGAAAAUCCGGGGAGACGAAACGCAAAGUCUCCACCAGCAUAACCUGGGAAUUACCCAAUACAGACUAUCUCCGACUUCACUCACAUUUCAACAGAUAGUUGAGACGUUCAAGAUGAGCAGGGAAGAUGACUUGACUCGCGAAGAGUCAAGAUCUCAUGCCUUGACCCGCGAACCAACACGCGAAGAAAAGACCCGAGAGGCUAUUGCCGAGGGCCACGAUGCAGAUAUUCCUAGCAACAUUGGCUUUAUACCCACUCCAGCAGACGAGCAAAGACGAGCCAGUCUCACCAGCCAUAGACGUGCAAGCCAUGCAAGAGAAAGAGCUUCCCUGGACCCAGAGAAGCACGCCAAGGAAAAUAGCUCCGUGAGAGACGAGGAAGAGGGUGGUUCGCAAACGCAGAGUGAGAGCGAUAUUGUUUGGUGGGAUGGUGAUAAGGAUCGCCAGAAUCCGUACAAUUUUGCGACUUGGAAGAAGGUUCUCAAUUGUGUGCUGGUAUCGGCCUUGACGUUCGUUACGCCACUCGCAUCUUCCAUGUUCGCACCCGGAGUACCUCAACUUAUGGUCGAAUUCGGUAGUCAAAGUCGUGAACUAGCAUCCUUCUGUGUGUCAGUCUACGUUCUCGGUUUUGCUGCAGGCCCCAUGAUCUUCGCUCCUCUGUCAGAGCUAUAUGGACGCCAAGUAGUCUACCACUGCUGCAAUGUUGGUUUCAUCGUAUUUGUCAUUGCCUGCGCCAAAGCUCCCUCGUUGAGCAGUUUCAUCGCGUUCCGUUUCCUUAGCGGCACAUUUGGCUCGACACCCAUCACCAACGGCGGCGGUACGAUCGCAGACAUGAUUGUUCAGGAGAAACGAGGUGCAGCAAUGGCGAGCUUCAGUAUUGGUCCUCUUCUUGGACCCAUCAUUGGCCCAGUUGUUGGUGGUGUCGUAACUGACGCCCUAGGCUGGCGAUGGGUAUUCUGGAUCAUCGCUAUCAUGUCUGGUGUACUGUCCUCCGUCUUCUUCUUCGCCUCUGAAGAGACCUACGCACCCGUUAUUCUCGCCCGAAAGACCAAGAGACUCCAGAAGGAAACAGGCAAUGACCGCCUUCGAUCUAAACUCGACGCCGGCCUCAGUCCAGCGGAUUACUUCAAGCGCGGUAUCCUACGGCCAUUCAAGAUGCUCCUCUUCUCACCGAUCUGCAUCAUCUGCGGUGUAUACGUUGGUCUCGCCUAUGCAUACCUCUACCUUCUCUUCACGAGUCUCACACCUCUAUUUAUGCGAAUCUAUCACUUCAACACAGUUCACGCAGGCCUGACGUUCCUUGGUCUUGGUGUGGGUAGUAUGAUUGGCGUAGCGUACUUUUCCGUCUCGAGUGACAAGUACAUGAAGAAGAAGGCUGCGGCUGCUAAGGAGCAAGGCAUUGACGAUCCUGCUGAGUCAAUGAGGCCCGAGAAUCGACUUCCGCCGCUGAGAAUUGGUGCUGUUUUGCUCCCGGCUGGUUUCUUCAUUUACGGAUGGACUGCUGAGUAUCAGACUCAUUGGAUUGCGCCUAUCCUUGGAACAUGUGUCAUUGGUGUCGGAAACCUGGUCAUCUUCAUGUCACUACAGAUGUACCUCAUCGACAGUUUCACCGUCUACGCAGCCUCCGCCCUCGCCGCCAACGCUGUCAUGCGAUCAAUCGCCGGAGCAUUUCUACCUCUCGCGGGACUGCCAAUGUACGAUAAACUCGGUAUGGGAUGGGGAAACAGCCUUUUGGGCUUCAUCGCUGCUGCGCUAAUCCCUGCGCCGUGGCUGUUCAUCAAGUAUGGAGAGCAUUUGAGAAAGAAAUUUGAGAUCAAGGAUUUAUAGACGGAAAAGUGGACAGACCGGCGAUUCUCAGGCAUACAUAGAGGGAACCCAGCAUUUAUUAGCAUAUUCAUUUACGAAGUCACUUACUUAUUACUCGUCCACUGCAUUACCGCCUGAGUGAGACUGCUCCAAUGGCUUUACAACGGAGCUGCA